AUGCCAUUGAGGGCCAGAACAGAUGCCAUUGAGGGCGUAACAUUUGCCAUUGAGAGCAGAACAGAUGCCAUUGAGGGCGGCGUAACAUUUGCCAUUGAGAGCAGAACAGAUGCCAUUGAGGGCCUGGUUACUUUAGUUAAUACCACAUCUCCCACCUGGUACAACCUAGGUAGAGAACGUUUAGUGUUAAAUUUUAAAUAUUGUUCGAUUCUAUUGUGUUCCAGACGUUUGGCUGUCUCUUUUCGGAUUUUUGUAACAUCUAGAGUUGUUUCCAUAUCGUCAUCAGGGUAUUUGUCACUAUCAAAUCAGGUGUUAUCGUCCUGAUGGGUAUUUUGGUCCAAAUUUUAAGGUUACAACAUUAUAGCGUACUGUAUAGAUUAAAAAAAUUACAAACAUGUUAUAAUAAAUUUCUUACCGUAACUCGACUAAUUCUUCUAGGAUAGUCUCAAAACUCUUGCACGACAUUCACUGCUUAAGGAAGGACACAACUGACUGAAAACAGCUGGCAGCAACACGCCAUUUUAAAAUUCUGGGGAUUGCGUACUCUUAGAAAACGCGUACUCUUACGCGAACCUACCCUACCGUCUGAAAUGUUUCAUUUUUCGAUCAUAACUCUGCCGCCUAAAGCUUUGCAAAAAUCCGACGAGUAUUCCGAUUUAUGAGACAGUCCAAGAAUGAUCGGACAACCAAAAGACAGCUAGGAGGUUGAAGGUUGAGUGACAUGGUUUUUCGAGACGUAUAUGUCAUGUAACAUCUAAUAUCUGCGAGUACAAAAAGUGCUAAUUCCUGUAAGAUUAUCAUUGAGAAAUUAUCACUUGAUUAUAUAUGCAUUAUUUCUAUCACAUUUUCAUAGAUAGCCAAGAAAGAAAGCUAUCGUCUUGUCAAGAACGUUGUUUAGACAAUGACGGAUAUAAUGGAAAUUUGUUAAAUGCGACAACAGCUUAUACGAGGGUGAAUCAAAUGUGAACCAGACUUUGCUGCUUAACGCGCCAUAGGUGAAUUGCGUGGGGCGAUGUCUUGGUAUAUGUUGGGUGAGGAUGUCAGGAAGAGGAGAGUCAAUCGGUUUGGUGCGCCGAAGUAGAUGAGAUGUUAGUAGCAUCAUGUCUGAGCAAGAUGUGCACAUAUCUGUUGCGCAACGCAUUAUCAUAAAAAUUAUGUCGCGGGAGGGCGUAAAACCUUCACAAAUUUUGCGUCGAUUAACCGCACAGUUCGGCUAUAAGACGCAUUCAAGGACACAAGAAUACGACCGGCAAACAUUUUUUUCCAUGGAGUGGCGAAAGCUUGGAGAGACAGCACCGCGAAAAGCCAAGACCAGAGGUGUACUGCUAGUUGAUUUUCUUCACGAUCGCCGUACAGUUAAUGUUGCUUACUUUUGCCAACUGCUUAAAGAAGUGAAACUGGCCUAUCGGCGAAAAAGGCAAAACAGGACGUGCCAUUCUGCUCCAUGAUAAGGCUCGGCCACACACAGGUGCAUUGACUCAAGAAAAAUUACGCGAAAUUCAUUGGGAAACGCUUGAAUACACGCCUUACACUCCUGAUUUAUCGCUAUGUGACUAUCAUAUGUUUGGGCCACUUAAAGAAGAACUGAGAGGUUACCACUUUGACAAUGACGAAGGUGUGGAAACGUUCGUGCACAAUUGGCUACUGACACCACCAGCUUCAUUCUUUGAUGAGGGAAUUAAGAAACUUCCGAUCCGAUGGGAAAAUUGCAUCAAUAAGGGAGGAGAUUAUCUAGAAAAAUAAUAUGUAAAUAAACUUGUAUUUGCUAUACCAGUAAAAUUACUAAAACAAAAGUCCGGUUCAUAUUUGAUUCACCCUAGUAUGUUUAAACUAUGGGCUAGUUGUAAAUAUAUGUAUGUGAAUGGUUUCUAUUUAAGGUCAUUAUUUUAUCAUAUGCUGUGAAAUUUCUAUGUACCCACCAGUCCUUCUUUAUUUAAGAUUGUUGGUAUUGAGAUCAUUGUUUGGUAUUAUUGGGUGUAAGAGGUAACUCAUGAAAUCGCAUUUGAAAUCAGUGUACUUCAAAUUACCUUUAUAUCAAUGUUCGAUUGAAUUACAUGCUAUUACAUUAUAGAUGGAUGAGUAUAAAUGAUUAUUGGCUGUAAUUGGCAAUAUUUUUAUAUACCACGCAUAAAAUUUAUCGGUCUAGUAUUAUCUCAGAGUUACGAUUUCAUGACUGAUUGCUUAGUUGCAUAUAGGAGGGAUGGUUCAAGCACUUGUCGACUUAUUCAAAUAUCCACCGAAUCCAUUUCAUAACAGUUAAUUGAUAUACUUACAGAUGGUAAAUCAAACCUAUCUUGAUGCCAUGUUUUUUUUAACUAGUAAUAACUAAAAUUUGUAUACUUAGAUUAUUUCGAAUGAGACGCCAUAUAUUACAGAUAUCUAGGAUCAAACUGCGUUUUUGGUAAAAGUAUUUACAAUUGAAAUGGAAUAUUAAUGUAUUUAAUAUUUUCUUAAUAAUUUCUUAAUUAAAAUACGAUGCAAAUUAUAGGACCGUUCGCAUAAAUGACUGCUGCAUUUUCAUUUUAAUUAUAUUCAGCCUCAAAAGGUUAGAUUAUCAUAUUAUUAAUUAAGUUGAAAACAUGACUUUAAAAUCCCUCCUUCCACUUUGCAUAAAGCAACUAUAGAGAGAUGAACAAAACAAAUAAAGCAAAAUAUUUUAACAAAAUGAUAGAUACAAGAUGGAUAAUGGAUGGAAGGAUGAAAUCAUCUUUGGCAAACCAUUUGUAGGUGGCUAUCGUCAGGUUUAUGACAUAUUUGCGCACUUCAAGAGAACCAUCAAAAAUGAUCUAAUGGACAAGUUUACCAUUUUUGUUAUUAGCUCAAAUGAAAGCUUAGGAAAAAUGAAACAAGAUGGUGAAAAAAUUAUUAAUUUAUCUCUAAAAACAAAAAAGUUACAGCCCAUCAAAGUUGCGCCCCGCGAGAAUAUUUUUAUUCCGUCUGUACGUCACGUGUGACCUCAUACUUCAGACGGCGAUUCCUGGGCCCGAGCCGACUCAGUCUCCUAAACACAUGCAUAGGCACACAUACAGGGAGACACAGGGUAGGCUAAACAUCUUCCGACCCAAUUUGUUUAUUUAGUUGACUGCAUAUACGAUCGGUUAGGAGCGAAAUAAGAAAAAAAAAAAGGUUGUUAUAAAUACUGUACCGUUCCAAAAUGUACGAGCACAACAAUUACAGCCCCUAAUAAACAUUUUUUUCUACGUACCUUCACAUGCGGCGUCCAUAAUGGUAUGAACUUACGCAGUGCUCAAUAGUUAUCAACUGGAAACGUGUCCGAGCGCACAGGUGUGACUUAUGAAUUGUCUAUAGACUAAUGACUAAACGCACAGACGCUGUCGAACACUUACGCGACGAGACGCUGGGCACUAGAGAAGUGUGACGUCAGACGCGAACGAACGGCAGCUAUGAUUUCGAGCUAUAAUGCGCCAAAUUUAAGUAUCAAUUUCUCUGUCAUUUAUUGGUCGAUUUCAAUAAUGUUUUCACUGGCUGAUUAUAUUUAGUCUAUAUUUUGCUGGUAUGUCAUUACUUAUGCGAUUUUGAAUAUCAAGAAACUUCUCCAUUCUCUUAGGUGCCAUUGGCUGAACAGUCUGCCGAAGUUGAUUUAAUGACGACCAGAAAUUCAAAAUUCUCCAAAAUAAGUUAAGCGAGUAGAGUAAGUUUUUUCUGAUGCUCGCAAAUAAAAACCGUUACUUCCUUGACUAUUGGAAGUAUUUAAAAAGAAUCAGACAUGAUAUCCAUAAACCCGGUGACUCGAAAAUGCUUCAGAUAUGAUUUACAGGGGCGGUUCUGAGAUGACGCACAUUGCACAUGAUCCACUGUCCCGAGUAGAUAAAAACUAUGUCUCCAGAAUAAUGACGUGCUGCUAACGCACAUCCACUAUCCCUGUGCAUCUAAAAUAAACGUCUUUGGUCAAAACAUGAGGUUGCUAGGUUCUUGUAUACCCGUGUCUAUACCAGAAUCGACCCAGGCACCUAUACCCUAUUUCACGAGUAUCCAUCACGGUAGAACGAUAGCCGAGUAUCUAGUAAUAUCUCAAAAUUCCCCAUAUCGGCACAGGGCACAUAAUUCUGACGGAUCCGUCAACGCCGUGAAUAAGUAUUUUGUUUUGCUUUUUUGUACGCUACAGAUUCAUUUUGUACUUGCUAACAGCUCUAUUAUUUAGAAAAGCUCAUUUCCAUACAAAAAACAAAACGUCACAAACAAGUUUUACUAGAUUUAUAUCCGAUUCAUUAUUGCCAACGUUGCAGACUAACACAAAACUGUCACUGGCUGAUCAGCUGUUCACUUCCGUAGACGUCAAAGCGUGAUUGAUACUCGUGAAAUAGUGUAUAGACAAAUCAAAUGGAAAUUUUUCAUGUAAACUCACAACUAAUGAUCGACCGGUACCGAUAUGUAUAUUAGUAUAUCGGCCUAAUUUGCUGAUAUAUGAGCCGUCCGAUAUGAUUUUCCAAGAUAAUCAAGUUGAAAAUGAUCGAAUUGAGAAAGAAUAUACAAAUUUGUUUUUGUCAGUCUUUUGAUUGAGAAUUUUAUCGAAAUAUUUCCACGAGGCACCAUUUUACGAUGUUUAGAACAAUUUCGCACGAAACAAACCAAGUAAGAUUCGACUUACACUGGCAAUACCAUUUCAUGAAACUGAAGUUGCAACAGAUAGAAAAUCUAGUGAAAAACCGCGGACUGUGCACACUUGAAACGCAAUCCUAGGUUACCGGGUUUCACCACGCUUCAAGCGGUAAUUUCAAAACGAAGAGCUUACUUGAUCCAAGUAAAACAAUUUAAUAUUCUACUUAUUAAAUGUGUUUAAUCAGUCUCAGUAAAAGUAUUAUCUUAGUUUUCAUCAAUUAUUUUAUUUAGAUUUAAAAGUAUAUUUCGUUAAUAUUUGGAAUUUAAAAGAGCAAAUUGGAUUUUACUGAAUGAUGUAUAUAACUGUGCUCUGAUAAAUCUAAGGUAUCAAAAAAAUUGGAGAAUUUGAUAUUGAUAAUUGAUAUUUUCGAAUCAGAAUAAGAUUUUCCGAAAAAUCAGUAGGUAGAGUAAGGGUUACCUGAAACUGAAUAAUUUCACUUGAUGAUGCGCAGAAAAAUUGUACUUUCAUAUCUAAGAAUAAAACAAUAUGUACUCGCAGGCAUUCGACAUAUGGAAAUAUAUAAAUAAAUUCGACGCACUUUAAAUAAACUAGGAUAUUUUCAAAUAUUGCCCCAACAUGAGGCUUCACUUGCUAUAUAUACGAGUACAUCACACAAUAUACACAAUGAAUCUGUCAGAACAUUUAUCAAAGCAUUUAUUGUAUUAAUGGUGAUAUACCACUGACGCAACAGUCUUUGAACUAUAAGAAUAACAAAAAAUGUAUCGAUAUCACGUUUAAUACAAGGCAUAUCUUAGAAUUGUUUCGAAAAGAAUAGCACAUCAAGUCUAUGUUAAGAAAAUGUUUGCUAUAAAUGCUAAAUUGACCUAAAUGUGGCUGCAUAAAUAAAAUUUACAAGUUCUUCUCAUUCUCUCACGUUAGCAGUGAUUGCCUUAUGUACAUAGUGUUUAAUUGGGACCUAGACAUAUUCUAAUGAUGGAUGUGGGUCACCAAGCGCCUUAUACUCGAGAAUUUCACUUUAUCACCAUAAUUGUUUCACUUCGAUCUGCUACACUAACAACAGUUCGUUACGAAAAUCACAAAUGAAACCGAGGCGCUAUGCCUGUCGCAUACUCACGAUCGUUCAUGAAUGAAGCGCCGAGUCCACGAUUCAAAUAAACAGUUUAGCUGGUUUUUAUUAAAAUAUUUAAUUGUUUUAAUGUACAUUUUCUACAUAAACUAAAUUACCUAAACUAUUUGAACAGUUUAAUAAAACAUGUACAUGGUUUGCUAUUUUCCAGCAAAUUAGUUAAAUAGUAGAUUACUUUCAAUCAAACUCUUUCCAGAAAAUUCAGUUUAAUUAAACCGAAUAAUUUAGGUAUUCAGAACAAUUAAAACAUUCAUUACGGGUGAUGAAAUUUUUCCAGAAAAGCUGUUUGACCACGUUUUUUCAGUUGACAUAGACGUGUUGAGGCCAAUGUGUUCACACCUCAUUUACAGAAAAAGAAAACGAAUUGUCGAUAGGCCGACAAUACCGAACUAUUGUCAAUAUUGCCAUUUGAAAAAUGAAAUUUAAAGUAAUUUUUAUUACCAACACCUACCGUACUGUGAGCAUAUAUACACGUAUAAUUAUUAGAUAAGAGUGAGAUAGUGUGAUUGACACUGUAGAUACUGUAUAAAUAUUUUAAAAAUAGGAUUGAAGUUGUCCUUGAAAUUACAUUGUGCAAUGUUGAUCUCAUCUUUAGAGAUGAUUCAAUAAAUU